AUUUAAUCUAUGAGUGAUAAGAAUUGUUUUGAACCUAUUUGUGAAAAGGAAGACAUUCUCAAUUUUAAAUCCAAAAAGAGAUCUAAACUUUAAUUUGAUGAUGAAUAACCAAAUUAAGAAUGUCCACUUAAUAGGGCAACAUAUGGAAAUUAUACUUGGAAUAUGUUGCAUACUACAGCAAUCUAUUAUCCAGAUGAACCUACAUAUGAGUAAUAAUAGAAGAUGAGAAAUUUAUUUGAUGCCAUAGCUGAAUUCUAUGCUUGUAAACAUUGCAAAGCUCAUUUUCAAUAGGAAAUCUUGAAAAGUAAUAGAAAAUGUUGAUUUAAUUUAGAUCCUCCAUAAGUUACAUCAAGGAAGGAUCUAUCAAUAUGGUUGUGUUAGAGACACAAUGAUGUGAAUUAAUAACUUGGCAAAGCUCAAUUUGAUUGUAAUUUUGAAAAUCUUGAAAAGAGAUGGAGAACGGGAUGUUAAUGA